CGCCGCCGCAACAACCUGUGGCUCAAUUUAGUUCUACCUCCACCUUCACUCUUAUUCCCUGGAGCGGUCUCCAACUGCUCCCACCGACAUCUUCAAUCUACAAUUUCCUAGAAUAAAUAUUCACCUUCCCUGGCCCAUUAAACAAUUCACUCACACCAAUUGAACGAACUUACGUCACCCAAAACACCAACCGGCGAAAUCAAAUCACCACAACCACCAACGAGUGAACCUCAUAUACAUAUACUGAGAAAAAGAAAAGAAACCGAGGAAAGAACAAUCAUGUCCUCAGCCGAAGAAUCCCCCGCUCAACGAGCAGCCCGCCUGCGUCGCGAACGUCGCGAAGCCAAAAUCAAAGGCGAUGGAGCAGCUCGUCUAGACAAGAUUACCAGCUUGAGUGGACGGACUCCUGCUAGUCUCCGCGAAGAAACCUCUCCCUCUCCAUCUCCAUCCCCGGCCCCGGCCGCAGCAGCACAACCACAAGCUACCACUACGGCACUGAGUCCUAGCCCGAGCCCCGAACCCCGAACCACACAACCCUCUUUCCAAGACCAAGGACCCCAGCAGCAGCAAGAGAUCGACCCCGAAACCCUUCAAGCGCAACAGGAGCUCUUCCGUGCCCUGCUCCGCCAGUCUGGCCAGCCGGGCGACUCACCCAGUGGGAGCCCAGGACCUCAAGCAGGAGCAGCAGGACCAGGAGGGAUGGGAGGACUAGGUGGUGAAGCGGACGAUCCGACGCUUAAGCUUCUUUCGAGCUUGAUGGCUGGGGAUACCAGUGCACUAGGCGAGGGUUCUUUGCCUGGAGGUCAGUCGCCAGCGGACUUACUGACGGGGUUGGGAGUUCCGCCGUUUGUGGCGAGUAUGUUGGGGGAGGCGACGCGGAAGAAGAGUGAUGAGGAGAAGCGGGAGAUUCUGGUGUGGAAGGUGCUGCAUGUGGUAUUUUCUGUGUUGAUUGGGGUGUAUUUGUUGGUGUUGAUUGGGUCGUCGGUGGCGACAUUUGGGAGUCAGCCGCCGCCGCCGGCGACGGCGAGGAAUCCGUUCUUGUUCUUUACGACGGGUGAGGUGGUGCUUACUGGGGCGAGGGUUAUGAUGAAGAGGGGAGGAGGGGGGUUGGGGUUGUGGGUGCAGUUAGUUAGGGAUAUUGCCAGGGAUGGGAGUAUUGUGUUGUUUUUGUUUGGGAUGGCAAAUUGGUGGCAUCGGGAGUGGAUGGCUUAUUAGAUAGGGAGUAGUCCGUAGUGACUGGGGGAUUGGGUUUGCAUGUGUUUAUCUUUUCUCUUUGUGGUUGUUAUGGCAUGGAUGUUUCUGCUCUGCUUAGGAAUAUAUUAUGCGAUUCUUGCAUUUGCAUGUGAAAUCGUUGGCAUAACGUUUGAUAGUUUGAUGCU